AUGGAUAACCAAGCUUCUUCCUCUCAGAGACGCCGCAUCUCAGCGGUGGAGAUACCAUCCUCAUCACCUCCUCGUUCUCGACGACCUUCUACUCAAGCGGGCCCUUCAGGAUCUCGUAAACGACGCCGACUUACGAAUCAGAGUGUUUCCUCAACAACAUCUCAACCUGAAAAUGAACAACCUAUUGAGUCUAUUGAUCUUACCGAUGUCGAUGGAAAUUCAGCUAUUGCCAAGGUACUGGCGAGACAACGAGAAGAUGCAGUCGCCGCCCAGCACACAGAUGAUAUCGCAAAUGCGCGUUCGCGAUUCACUGGGUACAAGUGUCCUGUGUGCAUAGACACUCCUGUGGAUGCUACGACUACAGUCUGUGGUCAUUUAUUCUGCCAUAAGUGCAUCAUCGAGACACUGAAGUUUAGUGAGGAGCAGCGAGCAGACCACACAGGAAAAACCCCGCGAGGCACAUGCCCCGUGUGUCGAAAACCUCUCGCGAGAGCAGAUGCGCCCGGAAACAAGAGAAAUCUUGUACCCUUACAAAUCAAGCUUGUUACCAAAAAGCGGACGCAGCACAGGGAUACACCUUGA